GAGCUGGAUCAUGAGCAGAUUUGUUUCUUAUUUUUUCAAUUAAAUUAAUUGGUCAGUUACUUAUUCCUGAACAGAGAUAUAUGAAUUUGAAUGGACCUGCAUUUGCAUUACACAUAGGGAGGUGUAUUCCAAGUGGAGGUAAAACACUAGUAAUUUAUUGCAAUAAUAGCAACCUCCAUUGAAAUAUUGCUACAUAUUCCACACCAUUAUUUUGAGUUAUUCUUUUAAUGAAUGUUACUUCCUUUAUAACACCCUUUAUUUGCAAGUGCAUGCUUUGUGAUAAGCUUGCAAAAUUUUAAAUAGUCAUAAACUAUGCCAAUAAUAAUGCAUGUAUUUUUAAAAUAUAGAUUAUUUCCCAUGAAUAAAAUGUGCAUAAGUGUAAUUGAAAAUAUGAGCAGCUGCAACCAACAUAAUCUUGUUCAUUGCAGAUUAUUUACCAAGUGUAUAUAUAUAAAAAAAAGAAAUGUACACAUUGGGCGGUCAAAUACAUGCUCCCUGCUCAGAUUUGAGCCCACGAGGGGUUAAUAAUGGGCUUUCCUGUAUUGCAAAUGCGAUUGCUGCAUGUAAAGCGAUUCGAGUAAACCGAGACAAGUUCGUCUUGGUUAAACCGAGAAGCAAAGUGUUGACCCCUGGCAACCUGAUCCAGUGAUGUUUUCAGGGGCUCUACAUACAUGGAUUCACCGAAAAAUGCUCACUCGGGUGGUCUGUGCGACACUUGAAAGGCAAAAUAUGAUAAACAAAUCAACCUUCAAAAAAAUUGAAGAAAACACCGAGAAGAAUACGCCAGAGAAAGGCAGAGCAACAAUUAUCUUUUCCCUCAAGAAUGAAGUGGGAGGACUUGUAAAGGCACUCAAACUCUUCCAAGAAAAUCAUGUCAACCUUGUGCACAUCGAGUCCAGGAAAUCGAAAAGGCGCAACUCAGAGAUUGAAAUAUUUGUGGACUGCGAUAGCAACCACGAACAACUCAAUGAAAUCAUCCAGCUGCUGCGGAAGCACGUGAACGUGGUGGACAUGGAGCCGCCAGAUAAUUCCUAUAUACAGGAGGAAGAUAUGCAUAAUGUACCGUGGUUCCCAAAGAAAAUAUCUGAUUUGGACAAAUGUGCUAAUCGUGUCCUGAUGUAUGGUUCUGAUUUGGAUGCUGACCAUCCGGGUUUCAAGGACAAUGUCUACCGCAAAAGGAGAAAGUAUUUUGCAGAUCUCGCGAGGACCUACAAACAUGGUGAGCUGAUUCCUCGUAUAGAGUUUACAGAGGAGGAAGUGAAGACAUGGGGUGUUGUGUACAGAGAGCUCAACAAGUUGUACCCCAGCCACGCUUGUAGGGAAUACUUGAAGAACCUACCACUGCUGUCCAAAUACUGUGAAUGUCGAGAAGACAACAUUCCCCAACUGGAAGAUGUCUCUCGCUUCCUCAGAGAACGCACUGGGUUUACCAUCAGGCCUGUGGCUGGUUACCUGUCCCCUCGUGACUUCCUGGCCGGUUUGGCCUUCCGUGUUUUCCACUGCACCCAGUAUGUGCGGCACAGCUCUGACCCCUUAUACACCCCGGAGCCAGACACGUGCCAUGAGCUGCUGGGUCACAUCCCCCUGCUGGCAGAGCCCAGUUUUGCACAAUUUUCCCAGGAGAUCGGUCUGGCUUCGCUGGGAGCCUCGGACGACUCUGUUCAGAAACUGGCCACAUGUUAUUUCUUCACAGUGGAGUUUGGCCUAUGCAAACAGGAAGGACAGCUGAGAGCCUAUGGGGCUGGACUGCUCUCAUCCAUCAGUGAGCUUAAGCAUGCACUUUCUGGAAAAUCAAGGAUCAUGCCAUUUGACCCCAAAGUAACAUCCAAACAAGAAUGCAUCAUUACAACCUUUCAGGAUGUUUACUUUGUGUCAGACAGCUUUGAGGAGGCCAAAGUCAAGAUGAGGGAGUUUGCCAAGACCAUCAAGCGUCCCUUCACAGUACGCUACAACCCCUACACUCAGAGUGUGGAUGUGCUUAAAGACACUCCCAGCAUCAACAGCGUUGUGGAGGAACUUCGACAUGAGCUCGACAUUGUGGGCGAUGCUCUGAACCGCCUCAACAAGCAGCUCGGAAUCUGAAAUUUCAAAGCCUGUCUGUGUCACGCCCCCAAGCGCAGCUCUAGACAUGCUGCUUGUAUAUCACCUUUGUCAUCGGAAUCAGAAUCAUCUUGAUUUGCCAAGUAUGUCAAAAACACACAAGGAAUUUGUCUCCGGUAGUUGGAGCCGCUCUAGUACGACAACAGACAGUCAAUUGACGGAGAAUACUUUUGAGACCUAAAGACACUGGGAAAAACAAACAAACAAAAAAACAGUCACUGAGCAAUAAAAGGUUGCUAGUAAUCUGGUAAUGCCGGUACAACAUUACAAUGAAUGUGACCUCAUUUUAGCAAAAAACAAAAAACAAAAACACAAACCUUUAUGUCCCUCCUAUGCGAUACACGGCUUUCCCAGUGUGCAGAGACACACCUGCUAUCAUAUCAGUGAAUUGCACAAACCCAAAGAGCACUCUAUUUUCACUCAAUUGGCGUCUAUCCAGCGACCUGUCUGUAUGCUUUUGUACCUACCCCCCAAAAAGUCACCCUUGUUGUCCAACCUGCUAUUGUACGUGAUCAUGAGAUAUAUUUUUUAAACUUUUUUGUUUCAUUAUCCAAUUAAUCUUCCUCACAUCAGUGAUUAAAUAUAAAAUAUAUCUUUGUAUUGUUAUUGUGUAUGUAUCAUGCAUCUGCGUAAUAUUGAGGGAAAUUGUACGAGCAAUGUUCUGAAAGUAUUUUGGUGGUUUAUGAUAACAGAUUUAGCCCAUGCACCUCAACCUACAUUAUUUUACAGUAAAACAUUUUAAUACUAUACCUCCAAUUAAAGUAGAUACUGUAUAAUUAGGCCCACAGCACUUUUGAAAUCAAAAUGAUUUUCUACAUAUCAAUAUAUACACAUAAUAUAGGGUAUGUAUGCAAAUAUUACAAGAAUGUGUUCAUGACUUCAUUGCUUCAACUGGGUAAAAUUGUAAGGGUAUAAGUUUAGAAUUUGUACUGUAUAAAUAUUUGUAUUCAUUUGCUGGAUUAAAUGAAAAUAUUAUUUGAA